CCUGAACUCACCACUCCCCUGUUCCUUCAGCAGUUGCUCUUUAAUAAUUCUUGUCAAGAGCAUCCUUUACCACUGAAUUCUUCCCUCUAGUGCAGGGGUAGGCAACCUAAGGCCCAUGGGCCACAAGCGGCCCACAGGGGUCGUUUAAUCGGCCCACAAGCCGCCCGCUUGGCGAGUCCCCGUGCGCUGCGCUAAACCGACACAGCAUGGCGCGGGGACUCGCUUCCGUGGCGCCAGAAAUCGCGUCUGCGCAGACGCCAGAAAUCACACACACAAUCUGGCCCACAGAGGGAUCUCCGCUGGAGUGAACCAGCCCAGGUGAGGUAAACCUUGCCGACCCCAGCCCUAGUGGAUGCUGACCUUAUUUCUCUCCUGUAAAGUUGCCAACCGUUUGAUAUCUUAUCUGUCCCGUUGGUAUUUUUGCCUCAGAGCUGGUACUAAGUAUUUCGAGUUGUUAAAUAGCACACUUGUUCCUGUUUGCCUUAUGGAGCCUGGCCCACCAAGAUUGUCCCUUGCUUGUUCAUCUUACAUUUAUAUUCUGCCUUUCUUUUAUCACUAUACCCAAGGCAGCUUAUGUGUGGUUCCCAGCCAGACAUGGAGCAGACCUAGAUGAGCUUAGCUUCAGGAAGGUGGCGGCCUUGCACACCUUCAGACCAUACCCCAGGAUUUAUUUAUUUAUCUAUUUCUACCCCACUUUCCCUCCAAAGUGCUCAAGAUGACAUACAUGGGCCCUCCCCACCCUUCGCAUCUUAUCCUCACAACCCUGUGAGGUGGGUUAGGCUGAGAGAUUGUGACUGGCCCAUCAUGGCUGAGUGGGGAUUUGUACCCUGGUCUGCCAGUUCUAGUCCAGCACUCCAACCGCUGCUUGCAAUACAGCUUCUGCUUGUCUAUUAUUGGAAAAGCAAAAAUCACCUUAUGUCAUAUGACAAGCUGCUACCACUAGAGGUCUUCUAGUACUUUGGCAGACUAGACUAUUGUAUGUGAACAUACGCAAAACAAAAACAGAAGAAUCCAAGGAAUCUCAAAUAAUUGAGGUUAUUAUGGUAGGCUGAGAGAGAAUGAUUGGCUCAAAGUUACCCAGUUGACUUAGUUGCCCAGCCCGGCCGCUGGUGUCCAUUGGGGUUGAUUGGGUGGAAGACAGGGAGUCCAACAGUAGAUGGUGCUAGAGCCCCAUGAUAGGCAGAGCCAAUGAAUUUUCAUUUGGUCCCCCCUCCCACCCAGGGGGAGGAAACUGCACCACCCCUGCACUGAAUGCAAGUCAUAAAGCAGGUAGGUGGGGUCUAGAUGAGGGCAGACUGAAGUGGUUGGGGCAGCACCUCAUUUUCCCUAAUGGACCAGCCUCCGCUAGGCUUGCUCUCACCUGCCUAUAAUUAUGCUGGUUAGGGAUUUGUCUGUCGGAAAUAGCGUAGCGUCCGGGCGGAAUUUGUGAUAAUCAUGAAAAUGUCAUAGAAAACCCGGACAACCUAUGUUGAAAGCUCAACAACUUUAGUGUCUGGACUCUGGAUUUUCAUUUUUUGAAAUAUGGCAGCCCUACUUUAAGUAGGUUUGCCUAUGAAUGUGAACUGAACUGAAUUUCUCCCCCAUCCCUGUAAUCCUGAAUAUUGUGACUGCAUUGGACAGGUGGGAUAUACACAUCUUGUUAAUAAUCCUGUCCUGGUUCUCUUUUUUUCCUCAACUGCUUUUAUUUGCUUUAGUACUGGAACUUCUUUUAUGUUGUUGUUGUUUAGUCAUGUCUGACUCCUCCAGCACCAGAAUUCAAAAGCAUCAAUUUUUUCGCGAUCAGCCUUCUUUAUGGUCCAGCUCUCACUUCCAUAUAUCACUACUGGGAAAACCAUAGCUUUAACUAUACAGACCUUUGUUGGCAAGGUCUUUUAUAGUGGAACUUCUUUUAUAGUGGAAGUCAUAAGCCACUAUGUGGGCCCUAAAGAGCCACGACGCGAGGAUUAGAACCGCAGCAAACCCACGCAGUUCCCAUUCUUUAGAAUACAAUACACGGUCCAUAGAAAGUAGCUCUCAUCUGAGCAGGGUCUUGAUUUACAAAUGCCCUCCCUCUUUCCUGCUGCCUGUAUUUACUAAUGUCUCCCUUGGUGAGCUCAGGUUUUUGUUUUGCUUUUUGCUACACUAGUCGUUUAGUUCGCCUCAAGGCACAGCAUGGGCUAAGGAGCUGAACAGCCAAAAAGCUGUGCUGAAUUCUAGGAUGGGACUAGAUCAGAUCACUUUUCAUGCCCCAUUGCAGCAGAAGUACCAGGCUGCUGUGAGCUUUCCGCAUUAAAACAGUCGCCGCUUUGUGCUUGCCAGAUGAGCACAAAGCCACUUGAUGUUCCGCCAGCUUCGAUGCCGACUCGCAGCUGUCUGCUGCAGAGCUCCCAAUGGCUGGCCAGCCUCUCCAAAUUUAAUUGGAGAAAUGUUGCACUGUGCCCAGUGGUUGCCCUGCCCUGUAGGCUUGAGCCAAGAAACACUUGGCACCCCAAUUCCACCGAGCUGCAAAAGGAUGCUGUCCUAUUUUUUUCCUGAAUGGGCCUUUCUUUUUAGGUGAAAACAAAUGCUGUUUUUAUUAUGUAUUGUAUUGCUGGCACUGAUUAAGCCCAGAUUUUAAAAUUGUACAACUGAGGCAUUUUUCCGGUUGUGUCAGGGCUGCAUCCAAGGCCUCUGCAACCCCUGAUGCUUGUUUAUUACUAUUGUUGUUAAUUUAUUAUGCCUGUAUCCCACCUUCCCCCAAGGAGCCCAAGGUGGCUUACAUAGUUCUCCACACACACACACACACACACACACACAUUUUGUCAUCACAACAACCCUUUGAGGUAGGUGAGGCUGAAAGUAAGAGCCUGGCCCAAGGUCACCCAGUGGUUGAGUAGGGAUUUGAACUCUGGUCUCCCAGAUCCUUGUAUGACAUUCUAACUGUUAGUUUCUGUUUGCCACUGUGCAGUGCUUUUGGAGUCACAGGAUUCUGUUUACAUUCCAGGGAUUCCAGACUGUUGGAAGUCUCAAGGAAGACAGGAGACGGAUGUGAUGUUACUGGUUUCCUGUUCCUUUGUUGUUCAGUUGCUCUCUGCUUUCACAGAGAGAGGAUGUGUUUUCUGUCUGCAUAGUAAGUAAUAAAGCAUAGCGGUGUAGCCAUAAAUCUCAUCACUUCCGUGUGCUGCUUUGAUUCUCUGCUGAAUGGGAAUGUGCCCUAGCCUUAUCAGAGGCUCAGGUCGUCAAUCACAGCGGAGGCGAUUCCAGAGGACUCGGCCAGAGGAGGAUGAGUUUUAUCAGUCGAGCGGAGAUUCCGACACUAACCACUACGCCAACUGGCUUCCCACUCCAGGGGUGCUGCCUAUGCGUGAAAGGUGAAUGCUGAAACAGCUGUCUCAUCAUUUGGGUUCAUUGCAAGACAUGCUCAGCCAGCACAGGACAGAAUGCAACCCAAGGGGUCUGUUCAUCUAUUUAGAAAAGAUUUAAUUCCACGAAAAUAUUUAACUUAUAGGAAUGUUGCAUAUUUCAAUAAUUUCAAGAGACCACUUUUAUUUUGGCAAAAUAUACGCCAGCUUAUUACUGAUGCUUAUUAUGGUGCUGGAGGAGACUCUUGAGAGUCCCAUGGACUGCAAGAAGAUCAAACCUCUCCAUUCUGAAGGAAAUCAGCCCUGAGUGCUCACUGGAAGGACAGAUCGUGAAGCUGAGGCUCCAAUACUUUGGCCACCUCAUGAGAAGAGAAGACUCCCUGGAAAAGACCCUGAUGUUGGGAAAGAUGGAGGGCACAAGGAGAAGGGGACGACAGAGGACAAGAUGGUUGGAUAGUGUUCUUGAAGCUACCAGCAUGAGUUUGACCAAACUGCGGGAGGCAGUGGAAGACAGGAGUGCCUGGCAUGCUCUGGUCCAUGGGGUCACGAAUAGUCGGACACGACUAAACGACUAAACAACAACAACAUUACUGAGGAUCAGUGCCUAAUUAUAAUAGUGUGAAAUAUGAAAAGCUAUCUUUAUAGAUUUCUUAAAUUGCAGAAUAACAAGCGUUUGCAACUAAAGUCCACUCACUCAUGAUUCAUCAUACAUUUCCAGCCCCUCCUUUGCAGUUUUCACAAAAUUACAGCACCAUGGACUUUUCCUUAUUUUUCUUGGGGUGUUUGUACACUUUCAAGGCCAGCUUCCACCACAACAUGUGCAGUUAAACAAAGGUAUGAUCUGGUUCAAAAAUUCGGAUAGGGGGAAUGAAUCCAGAUUCCCGCCCCCGUUAGGGGCGUGGAAUAAGAAGGGAAGAUUGAGUUUCAUCCUUGUUGCCCUUUCAGUUAGGUGAUAGUAAUUGUCAGUGCUGAAAGUGAUGACCUUCUGGUGUUGGUAGAUAUUCCAGGGUCAAUGGUCAAGACCCAAAGAACAGAAACUAGUUCCAUGAGCCCAAUUUUGUUUAGAGCAGAGUAGGGAGGUUUGACUUAAUUUCCUUGGACAGUAGUUCUCCUUCACCACUAUGUGACAAGGUACUUUUGAAAGAGAUGGUUUCAAAAGCAUUGUUUGAUGCAGGGUCAACUGUUGGAAGAGGGGCAAAACAUCAAAUUUGCUUACAAAGGGGUGAGGAACUUCCAGCCACUGAGCCAAUCCAAUUUUGUCCACAAGGCUAUUCCCCCCAAAAUCAUGUCAACCUGCCAGCAGCUGGUGUGCCUGGGUGACACUAGCUGGUGGGGCAGGGUUCAUUUGACCAGCUAUACCUGAAGGAGCGUCUCCACCCCCAUCGUUCAGCCCGGACACUGAGGUCCAGCUCCGAGGGCCUUUUGGCGGUUCCCUCACUGCGAGAAGUGAGGUUACAGGGAACCAGGCAGAGGGCCUUCUCGGUAGUGGCACCCGCCCUGUGGAACGCCCUCCCAGAUGUCAAGGAAAUAAAAAACUGCUUGACUUUUCAAAGACUUCUGAAGACAACCCUGUUUAGGGAAGUUUUCAAUGUUUGGUGUUUUUAAUAUUCUGUUGGGAGUCGCCCAGAGUGGCUGGCGAGACCCAAGCCAGAUGGGCAGGGUAUAAUUAAUUAAUUAAUUAAUUAAUUAAUUCCUGCCAUGUGCUUCCCUGCAGGAAAUGCACUGGCAAAGCAGAGCCCUGCACAGAGCAGGCUUGAACCCUCUGCUCAUCAACUGGUGAGUGGAGAGUUCAAUCCUGCAGGAUGCUGCUUCAGUAGCAUGCUUACUGCCAGGAGGUAGAGGUCUGUAUCAGGGCAUUCCUGGCAGAAAACAUGCUGGCGAAGCAGCAUCUUGAUAUUUUACGAGACAGUGGUAUAUAACUACUUUUAUGCAUAAAUCUUCAGGAAUGCACAAUGCAAGGCUCAUCGGCUGAUUGUGGCCCCUUCCCCGAUUAUUUGUGGCUCCUGGAAGAAUUCCAAAUGCUCAGUUUUGGCAGGCUGGUUUCACCUUGUUGUGAGGAAAUCUGUGCUAUCACACACAGGCACAUCCACAGAAAGAGAGAGGUGGCAAAGUAUCUGUAUCAGCCUUACAUAGGAUGUCCACUUAAAGGUAAAGGGACCCCUGACCAUUAGGUCCAGUUGUAGCCGACUCUGGGGUUGCAGCGCUCAUCUCGCUUUAUUGGCCGAGGGAGCCAGCGUACAGCUUCCGGGUCAUGUGGCCAGCAUGACUAAGCUGCUUCUGGCAAACCAGAGCAGCGCACGGAAACGCCGUUUACCUUCCUGCCGGAGCAGUAUCUACUUGCACUUUGACGUGCUUUUGAACUGCUAGGUUGGCAGGAGCAGGGACCGAGCAAUGGGAGCUCACCCCGUCACGGGGAUUUGAACCGCCCACCUUCUGAUCAGCAAGUCCUAGGCUCUGUGGUUUAACCCACAGCGCCACCCGCAUCCACUUAACCCAUUGCAAAAGGGAUGAGAAGAGAUGAGAAACAGGCAAAGCAUCACUGAAAAAGAGGACACAGCUAAAGUGUGCAUAUGCUAAAGUAUAGGCACAAAUCUGGAAAGAAUGGUGAUGAUUUAAUAAAGAGAAAUCUUGCCCUUGUAAAGAAGGCUGUGACCAUGUGACCUAACCCGUGUGCCUCCUCUGCCUACUGUCUAGGUGCUGACAGGCAAAAACCAGGCCUCUGCUCUCCCAUUUUUUGGUUCUUCAUCUUGAAAAUGCCUGGGCUCCUGUUUGGGGGGUUCCCACAGGCAUCUAGCUGGCCGCUGUGAGAACAGGGUAUUGGACAAGAUGGGCUUUUGGCCUAAUCCAAAAGGGAUCUUCUUGUUUUCUUAUGGACUUGACAACCCAUCAAAUAUAGGAACAUCUUUUGAAAGGGUCUCAAUUUUUCCGCCCAAACCUCUCACAGGUCCCAUUGUUUGAUUUUGGGGGACUUGUACACAAAAUGCCCCAAUAGUCUGUGUGCCUUGCUUGAAAAACUCUUAGUUCUGUGAUCCAGCUAAGAAGCUAUGCUCUAUUCACUCUUUCCUGGCAACUGGGAAAUCAGUUAUUUCCUGUGGGCAAUGUCUUUCUCCCCACCUGCAGCGUGACACAGAAACCAAGUCACCUCUUGGUCGAGAUGGCCUAGGCCUACCCUUUCCGCUUCCCACUUGGAGAGGGACAGAAAUGUGUGGUUUGCCUUUCCUGACUGCAAAGUACUGACAGUGACAAUUUUUGUGGUUGCCAUUCCUGGCAAAGUCGAGUUUCUAGGAAUGUCAACCCCAUGUUUUGAGGGUAAGGGUGAGCUGGCAGCAGUAAGAUUAUCUUACAACCCCAGCAAAAAAAAAGGGAGGGGGAGCAGAGCCAGCCUAAGCAAGAAUUCAGAGAGCAUAGUCAAAUAAAUGCAAAGAGUUUCAACAUGUCCUGGAAUGAUAAACAGCAAAUAAUUGAGAAAGACCUUGAAGCCACCUAUGGCUCAGUGAGCUAUUUUGCACGAGGGGUGGGGGAGGUCAUUGAGGUGCUUUGUGCAUCCACGUCUAAUCUUGCCCCUUUCUAAAAUUUAUUUUUUGGUAUGGGUUUUUCUUUUUGUAAAUCUACUAAAGUAAAAAAAUAAAAUAAAAUAGGGAUUAUGGGGUUUUCUCAGGACGGUGGAGGGUGUGUGUGCUGUGUCUUCUUGGGGUAGCAGUGAUAGUUCUCAUCUUUCUUCUGACAGGAAGUGCUCUGCAGGGGGAAAGGGAGAAAAAUGAGCAGCCAAUGAGGGUCACUUUUGGGGGGGAAGUGAGGAAAGUCCCUAUUUUUCAUCAGAGGAAUGUUGGAGGGUAUUGACAAUUCACUCACCAGUAUGCUAGUUCACUCACUCACCAGUUCACUCACUCAGCUGCUAGUCUAGUUGGCUUCUGUACAAGGAAUGGUGGUGACGCCAUCUUGUUCUUGGCCUCAGGCUGGCCUGGGAUAAGGAAUGGAAAACCAGGCUGGGGAGAGAGGGGGAAUGAAACGGGUUUGCUGGAAUUCUGAUCAGGAGCACUUUAAACUCCAACCUUUUGUUGCAUGCCCCACAAGCACUUUCUUAAAUUUCAUUACAGUGGUACCUCGGGUUACAUACGCUUCAGGUUACAUACGCUCCAGGUUACAGACUUCGCUAACCCAGAAAUAGUGCUUCAGGUUAAGAUCUUUGCUUCAGGAUGAGAACAGAAAUCGUGCUCCAGCGGCACGGCGGCAGCAGGAGGCCCCAUUAGCUAAAGUGGUGCUUCAGGUUAAGAACAGUUUCAGGUUAAGUACAGACCUCCAGAACUAAUUACGUACUUAACCCGAGGUACCACUGUACAGCCAGCUGUAGCUGUAUUUUAAUCCAAGUGCAAUAUUUGUAUCUGCACCUUUCAGAUUAAGCGCUUCUCUUUUAUUGAAACUGUCUCCAAGAUGACUCUGAUUUUGUUUGUUUAUCUUGCUGCAUUUAUGCCCCAUCUUUCCUCCAAGAAGCUCAAGGUGCACAUGGUUCUCUUCCACCCCAUUUUAUCUUUAUAACAACCCUGUGAGGUAGAUUGGGCUGAGAUACUGUGCCUCACCCAUGGUUCACCUAGAGAGCUUCAUUGAGGCUGAGCAGGGAUUUGAACUCUGGUCUCCCGGGACGCAGGUGGUGCUGUGGUCUAAACCACAGAGCCUAGGGCUUGCCGAUCAGAAGGUUGGCGGUUCGAAUCCCCGCGACAGGGUGAGCUCCCUUUGUUCGGUCCCUGCUCCUGCCCACCUAGCAGUUCAAAAGCACGUCAAGUGCAAGUAGAUAAAUGGAUAUCACUCUGGCAGGAAGGUAAACGGCGUUUUUGUGCACUGCUCUGGUUCGCCAGAAGCGGCUUAGUCAUGCUGGCCACAUGACCCGGAAGCUAUACACCGGCUCCCUCGGCCAAUAAAGCGAGAUGAGCGCCGCAACCCCAGAGUCGUCCGCAACUGGACCUAAUGGUCAGGGGUACCUUUACCUUUACUCCCAGGUCCUAUUCUGCCUCUCUUACCACUACACCACCCUGGCUUUCUCAACAUUUUACGGGAUGAUGAUAUCACUCCCCCUUCUAUGGCCAAUGCUGUAAACACAUUUUAUUUUACUUGUGUAAAAAUGUAUGUUCUGAGUGGUGUUCCGCUUCCUCUAUGCGGCAUUGCAAUAAUAUUAUUUGUGUUUGUGGUUUUUGCUCCGGUUCUUAUUUUCGUUUGGUGGCAUUUCAUGGCGGCUUGCCAAUGUUGUCUCCGAAACAUGAAUGUGACUAUUAGCCUGAGGUCACCAUGAAUUGAAGAUGAGCCAGCCGUGCAGAAAGAAGAUAUCUGGGGGAGAUUUUGUGCAUGUUUAUGUUAUUAUUUCCAACGUCUGGCAAAAAUGCAGAGUCAGAAAAUAUUCCCUGCUGGGAAUUUCCAAUGCACAGAAAAAGACUCCAGUCUUUCUACAUCCAUAGGAGAGAUGCCAGCCAACUCCUAUGUAGCAGAACUGACUGGGUUUGACUGGGUGUCAGCUGACUCCCAGGUGGCAUUGUGGUUUUUGUAUACAGAGAGAGGCAAGUUCCCACACAUUUGCUCCUGGUCAGAUUAGGCAGCAAUUUAAGAGCUGCUGUAACAUGUCAGUUGGCAUUAACAAGCAUGGCAGGCACCACUUUCUACCUAGGGAUGCGGGUAGAUCAAUUCUAUUCACAUCUGAAGGGAAACUUACCUAAUUAGUAAAAUGAGAGAUAUGUUGCGCCCCCAGCAGCAUACCUAUAUUUUCUUGCAUCAAGAAACACAAGAAGGGCCUUGCCUUCGCUGGUUUUGGAAGGAACAUUUGGAAAAGUCCUGUAUGCUCAGAGACUUUGCGCCUGCCCAUUAGUGGAAAUAGGAAGCCCCGAGAAUUUAUUCUUUAGAUGUCCCUUUUGUGACAAGAUAUGCAGAGAUACCAUUGACCCUCAGCUGGAGAGGCUUGCUAACCUUUCGGAUAAGUCUAAACUCAAUUUUCUCCUCUUAGGCAAAGACCACAAGACGACCUGGAUGGUAGCCAGAUUCUGCGCGCAGAUUUGCAGGCGCAGACCACCCCCUGAAACAAAUUAUUUCACUAGGAAAACAGUCAAAGUCAGCCUCCAUGGUGGCAAGGCCAAUUUGAAUGGUAGCCCAAAUUUUAGGUCUUUAUGUGUAUAUGCGUUUAUCUCAAAUUUUAAUCUUUAAACUGUCGUUGUACAAUGUUUUAAAUGCAUAUUUUAUUCUUGUGAUAGCUGUCCCAGUUGUGCUUUUCGAGCUGGUCUUUGACGGUAAUAAAAUUAUGAAAUUACCUAAUUAGUACUUUCUGAAACAAUAGGUGAAGCAAAGCACAACCAUCCUUUGACAUUCAUCUGAAUGGGGCAAUGCAGUUCUGCAGCAAAGUAAUGUCUACGAAAAGGCAUAAAUAAGGUGUGCAUAAAAGGGCACAUAUUCGUGAAUGUACUAUAACAAUUGCUUAUAUUGGAGAAAACUGCUUUGAAAAAUAGGUGUAUUGGGCUAUAUUUGGAUUCAAGAAAUUUUACCUUAAGAGAAGUUUGCAUUGAAAUGAAUUUUCACAAACCGAUGUGAAAAUGUGGAGAGCUGAACUGGAAACUGGAAGAAAGGGAAACUGGAAGAAGCUGAAAUUGGCACAUGUGCCCACCCUUGUCUGAAGCGUAGGUGAAAAAUAUUCUUUCCUUCUCCUUCUGAAAUAUACCUGCAACACAUCAAAGGACAGGAGUUUUUUAACCUCACACCAGGGCAGUGUUAAAAACUGGGAGAGAAAUACUAGGAGUCAAAUAGCUUCUGGUUGUGGGUGCCAAAACAGAAUGUCUAGGUGCCACUGGGGGGUGGGUCAGUGACACAUUUUAUUUAUUAUUUUGAUAAGCAUGAAUUAAUAUGCAUUUCACAUAAGGCACACAUAGUUAAUAUCACAUUUUUAGCAGAAAUUGUUAAUACAAGUUUAAUUGGGUGUUGACAAUAAAAAUAUUGGUACCAUACUUCAGUUUUCAAAACACUCUUUAUUGUUGAACUCCUUAACAUGUUGUCUGUCCUUAAGAUAUUCUCUGAGGCUUCAAAGCACAUACAUUUCAGUAAUCCUUCAGUGUCAGUCAGGCACAAAAAAAUGGCACCCAGACUUUUGGAGAUGCUUGCAAAUGGAGAAUCUUUAAGCGCAAAAUGCGUCUGGCGCCCUGCUAAUUUUGAAACCUGCUCUGGGGAUACUUGAGGAAUUUAAUUUUUUGUAAAUUGAGUUGGGAACUGACCUGACUCAUGCCUCCCAGACUAAUGAGUGGAUUGGAAUGUAUUUAUCCUUCAGAUUUUGCACAUCUCCACAUUUUGCAAUUUUAUUUAUUCCUUGGAAUUUAAACAGUCCAGAGUUGUCCUCUCCUACCAGUAUGAGUGGUAAGAAAAGCCCAGCAUAAAUAGCAGCAGAGGCAAUAAGGAGACAGGUACGCAUUCUAUUUAAAGGCUGUGGUGUAACAGUAGACAAGCCACUGCCCCACAAAGCAGCCUUUCAGGAAGAAACGAAAACAGCUGAGGCUUGGCAUUCAGCUCUUGCUCAGAGCAUGACCUUGUUCCUUGACCAUCCUAGCCUUCUCGACAUAGGUGAUGGUGUGUGACCUACAUAGGCCAUCUCUGCUGGGAAGCAGUGAUUUUUAUCAGCUUACACUUGCCACAGACCAGAGAUGGCCGGCUGGUGAUCCUUGAAGCCAGACUUGACCCCUGAAGCAAUGAUUCUGAUCGAUGGGAUAGAGAAGUUUGUGGGCAUCUUAUGCGGCUUAUUAAAAUGAGAUUAUGGGACGCGGGUGCCGCUGUGGGUUAAACCACAGAGCCUAGGGCUUGCUGAUCAGAAGGUCGGCGGUUCGAAUCCCCGCAAUGGGGUGAGCUCCCAUUGCUUGGUCCCUGCUCCUGCCAACCCAGCAGUUUGAAAGCAUGUCAAGUAGAUAAAUAGGUACUGUUAAGUUGUGGGUGAACAUAUCAGACGACACAGCGAUUCUUCAAACAGCUCUGGUUUAUUCACAGGCCAGAACAGAACUGAACUGAAGGGUUCAGCCAGCCUGCUUAUAUAGAGCUCCACUACAACGCAACUGUAACACUUUCUGUAACUAUCCAAUCACUGAAUGUCACUUUCAACCCCUUAUUUGCAUAUGUGGACCUGAGUGAAAACUAUCUACAGUAUCCCCCUGCUGGCCCAGGGUGAGAACUUCAGUACAUAACACCUACUGCUCCAGCAGGAAGGUAAACGGCGUUUCCGUGCACUGCUCUGGUUCGCCAGAAGAGGCUUAGUUAUGCUGGCCACAUGACCUGGAAGCUGUACGCUGGCUCCCUUGGUCAAUAAAGUGAGAUGAGUGCUGCAACCCCAGAGUCGGCCACGACUGGACCUAACAGUCAGGGGUCCUUUACCUUUAAGAUGAGUUUGAUUAGAGCUGCUUGGCUUGCUUGAUGAGGCCAGGAGGAAGUUGCCUUAAUAGUUCAUUGGUUUUCAUUGGAAAAAUAAGACAUCAAGAUAAACUUUUUAUAAAAGAAUAGAAAUGAUUUACUGAAUAUUUACAGAGAGAUUGUAAACAGAUAAGAAUAUUGGCAGGAUUAUUGUAAUAACCAGCAGUUAUUAAGUUGAUUUAGAUAUGCAGAAGAUGUUUAAAAUAAAUUUAAGGAACUGCAGAAAGAGGGGGAAGAAAGUCAAGUUUCGAAAUGUUAAAAUGACUGUAAAAUUAUUGAAAUGUAUAAACUUGAAAAUCAUAAAUCUUUUUUUUUAAAGACAAAAUGUUUGCAUCUAUUUUGGGAUGGGACAGGUUGGUGCAAUGGGGCAGCAUUAAAUGGCCACUCUCCCAACACACCAGGUGGGGGUGGGGUGGUGCAGGGUGGUUUUGGUUCAGUUUAAAAGUUUUGGUUUUGGUGCCAUCAGUGAGUUAUUUUUAGCUGUGGAAAGCCCAGUGGUGAAUCACAGAUAAAUGACCACGUGGGAGAGGUAUCUCGCACACUUCUUUUUCCCCUCAGGGGAAUAUUAGAAGAGGGAGUUUCAGGUUCCAUUGGACUUCCUGUUGUUUGACAAGAUUAGCCGAGCAUGGUCUGACUUGAUUCAAGAUCUUACAUGACUCAGGUUUCCUUGUAGUACGGCCUUAUCAGUUCGCAAGAGAUUAGAUGUAAAGAACGCUAGGUCAGCGUAAGUGAAAACAAAAUAAUGGCCAUGGUGCUGAACUGGGUACCUCACAAAGGUUUGGUUUUAGGUCUCAGUUAGAUAGCAUCUUAAAAAGCAGAGACAUCACCUUGCCGACAAAGGUCCAUAUAGUUAAAGCUAUGGUUUUCCCAGUAGUGAUGUAUGGAAGUGAGAGCUGUACCAUAAAGAAGGCUGAUCGCGAAAGAAUUGAUGCUUUUGAAUUAUGUUGCGGGAGGAGACUCUUGAGAGUCCCAUGGACUGCAAGAAGAUCAAACCUCUCUAUUCUGAAGGAAAUCAGCCCUGAGUGCUCACUGGAAGGACAGAACCUGAAGCUGAGGCUCCAAUACUUUGGGCACCUCAUGAGAAGAGUGGACUCUCUGGAAAAUACCCUGAUGUUGGGAAAGAUGGAGGGCACAAGGAGAAGGGGACGACAGAGGACGAGAUGGUUGGACAGUGUUCUUGAAGCUACCAGCAUGAGUUUGACCAAACUGCGGGAGGUAGUGGAAAACAAGAGUGCCCGGUGUGCUCUGGUCCAUGGGUUCACAAAGAGUCGGACACGACUAAACGACUAAAAAACAAGCAGUUUCUUUGGGAAGGAAAUCAUAUUUUAAUUUGUUUAAAAGAUUUUUACAACAUGAUUUAUAAAAAAAACCUAUUAGGGUGGCAUAUAGAGUUGAAACAAAACAAAACAAUGAUUUAAAACAGAAAGCAGUGCAAAAGCAACAGCAUAAAAACACAAUGUUAAAUUGAAAGCAGCGUUAAAACCAAUUGGCAUAACAUGCUGGAUGUCGGGUGAGAUACAAGCACUUCUUUCCCUUGCACUAGAGUGACAUCAGAACUGGUGCCAGGUGAGCCUCUCUGGGAUGGGCAAUCCAUUAAUGGGAUGCCGUGGCUGAAAGGGACCUCUCUCCAGUCACCUGAUUUCUUUUUUUGGGGGGGGGGAGAAUCCAGAGUAGAGCCUCUGGAUGAACAGAGUGUUUGGCAGGAUCAGUCCAGACAAGAGGCAAGGUGAGGUGGCUGCCUCAGGCGGCAGAAUCCACCAGGGCAGCAGAUCCUGAUGUCCAUAUUUCUUUCCCCCCUUGCUCCUAAUGUCAAUCUUCCUUUGACCCUUCUUCCCUGGCAGGAAGAGGGAUGCCAUUUUGAUGUCCACUUUAGGUGCCAAACAUAUUGGGCCAUCCCUGGUGUUUGGGUUAAGCUUAUGCAGUAGAUCAUGGGUAGGCAAACUAAGGCCCAGGGGCUGGAUCCGGCCCAAUUGCCUUCUAAAUCCGGCUUGCAGACGGUCUGGGAAUCAGAGUGUUUUUACAUGAGUAGAAUGUGUCCUUUUCUUCAAAAUGCAUCUCUGGGUUAUUUGUGGGGCAUAGGAAUUUGUUAAUUUUUUCCUCCUUCAAAAUAUACUCCGGCCCCCCACAAGGUCUGAGGGACAGUGGACCGGCCCCCUGCUGAAAAAGUUUGCUGACCCCUGCAAUAGAUCAUGGAGAUCUAAGGCUGCAUGUUUGGGAAGUGCUUGUGGUUGAUCAAAUUGUAUGGGCAAUUUUAUAUAGGACAUGUAGCUUGAUUCAUCUCUUAUCUGCAAGAAAACAGCACAAUCUUUUUCCAGGCCUAGGCAUUGUAUCACAUUGUUUAACAAAAAAAGCCCAUGCCUGUGGUUAAGAGAUUAUCGUUCAAAGCCAAUUGCUGACAUUACAGCAAGAUACUUUUGCAAGAUCGAGCUUCAAGGAAAAUAUCUUUACUUAGGUGCAUGUAGUUUUUGUGGCAUUUUUAAAUGUCAUGUCUAUUUUGACAGGGAGAUUUAACUACUCAAUUUCAGGCCUUUUCUCUCACCAGGUUAUGAGUUGCCCACACAAAUGGGAAUCGUUUAUUGUAAAAAAUAGUUUCACAAAGCACUCUAAGAAGUUCAUCAUCUGUCCUAAACCCAGAUUCAAACCUUCCUCUUUGCUAUCUCAUCACUCAACCAUACACCUGGAUGGGGCAAGGCAAAUCCGUUCGCCUCCUAAACAGUAAAGGAUUUGUUGUACCAUACCGCAUAGCAAUAAAUCACAUAAAGGUAGUCGUAAUCCUAAUAUGUCUUUCUUGGCAUAUAUGUUCUGUCAAGAAAUAGCAACAAAUGAGUCAAAAAGCUAAGACAUACAGAGAUUUCUUCUAACCUGAAAUCUGUCUCGAAUUCAGCUUUGUUCUAGUAUUAUAAGAGGGCAUCAAAACAUUUCCCUUGUGCUUUGUUAAUGGCAGUCAUGCCAAGUUUCUCUCAGUUUUUCAUUUUUCCAACCUACAUUUCCGCAUCAACUUGCACUAUUUUUUAAAAGUCCUUAUUAAAAUUCACCAGCAUUUUAGUGGAUAUUUCUCCUUAUACUCUUUUAAAAAUGCAAUUUCCCCUAAAAUGCACAUUUUUGCGAGCAAUUUCCCCUAACAUAAUGCCUUAAUGUGUGUGUUUUGUGCACACCUAAUGUAUGCAUAAUGUGCCUCUUAUUUGCUUGGAGAACUGCACCCCAAAAUUCAAAGAGUGAAUUUCAAAGGAUAGCUGUUUUUCGGUUCACACCUUGUUUCAGGAACUGUGCAUAAGGCCGUUUCACGUUAAAAUGUGAACUGAACCGGAUUUCUCCCCUAUCCCAAAUAACUGGAAGAUUAAAGGAUGUGGUUUCUUUAAUCUGCAGCCAUGUGUGAACUGCAGUAAAACGAAAUGACCAUUUUGCCAUAAGCGCUUUCAAAACCAGAGCAUAACAAACCACCAAAAUGUGGUUUCUCUGCCAUGACAGUGCAUCAUAUUUACACCAUUGCAGCACAGCACCAUGUUACUCAUGAUUGUGUGGCUAAUGUGGAGCUCAGAUCUCUGCCUGGAUCUUUGGCAAUACAUAUCUGUCCCAGACUUCUUUAACCUAAGGCUGACCAGUCUUCUUCCUUUCUUCCAACUUUGCAUCAUGAUCAUCUGCUUUGAAGUAUCAACUCUACUUUUUCUCUCUCUCAGCAAGACAGAGUCCUUUUCAGAAGUUCUUAGAGCAGCUGCAGGGACACUACCCCAGGGCCUAGACUAGGGGUAGGCAACCUAAGGCCCAGGGGCCAGAUGCGUCCCAAUCGCCUUCUCAAGCCGGCCUGCGGACAGUCCGGGAAUCAGCAUGUUUUUACAUGAGUAGAAUGUGUCCUUUUAUUUAAAAUGCAUCUCUGGGUUAUUUGUGGGGCAUAGGAAUUUUUUCACACACACCCCCCCCCAUAUAGUCUGGCCCACCACAUGGUCUGAGGGACGGUGGACCGGCCCACAGCUGAAAAAGGUUGCUGACCCCUGGCCUAGACAUAUACAAAGAAGGUGGCUUCCAUUGUAUUUUCUCCAACCAGAUACCAGCAAUGGUUCCCCUCUUAUAACCUGCAUAGACUCAUGGAACUGUAGACUUGGAAGGGACCUCGGGGCUCAUCCAGUCCAACUCCCUGCAAUGCAGGAAUCUCAGCUAAAGCAUCCAUGACAGAUGGCCACUCCAGUGGCGUAGCGUGGGGGGUGCAGGGGGGGCUGGCCGCACCGGGCGCAACAUCUGGGGGGGGCGCACUCGCACUCGCAGCUCUCUGCCCCUACCUGGCUCACUCACUCUCUCUCACUGCAGUGCUGGCUGUGCGAAUCCGAUCCGAGCCGCUGGGUCACCGCCCACUGUGGAGGGGGUGGGUGCCAGGCGUGCGGUGCGGAGAGAGAGCGAGGGACUAUCUGGGGGAGGGACAGUGCAGCGGCCGCCCAGCGCAGCGCUGAGCACGGGAGAGAACCACACCAGACCAGACCAGGCAGCAGCAAGAAGAAGCUGGCAGCGGCGGCAGGUUAGGGGUUAGGAGGCACAAAUUACUUGCCUUGCCCCGGGUUAGGGGGCGCAAAUUACUUGCCUUGCCCUGGGUUAGGGGGCGCAAAUUACUUGCCUUGCUGACAACCCAUGCUACGCCGCUGGGCCACUCAACCUUUGCUUGAAAACCUCCAAGGAAGGAGAGUCCACAACCUCCCAAGCAAGACUGUUUUACUGUUGCACAGCACUUCACAUCAGAAUGUUCUUUGUAUUAUUUAGUCAGAAUCUCCUUUCUUGUAACUUGGACCCAUGGAUUCAGGUUCUACAACCUACUGAGGAAGUCCAUUCCACUGUUGGAAAGCUCUUACUGUCAAAACAUUCUUCCUGGUGUUUAGCUAGCAUCACCCUUCUUGUAACUUGGAGCUAUUGGUUUGAGUCCUACCCCUCUAGAGGAGCAGAAAACAAGCUUGUUUUCUCUUUCAUGGGAUAGCUCUUGAGAUAUCUGAAGAUGGCUCUCAUAUCUCCUCCCAGUCUCCUCUUUUCCAGGCUAAUCAUAGCCAACUCCUUCAACUGUUCAUCAAUACAUCAUUUCUAAAUGCCAGUUUCAAUCAACUCAAAUGUGGUACAGGUGAUAGUUCUUUGUGGGAAUUUUGUAAUUACUUUUUGGAUCUGACAUUUUUCUUUUAAUAACUAGCACUAAUACAGCAGCUUAGGAUUUCCCUCCUUUCCACCAUCCUCUCAUGGACCUCUUUUGGGGACAAAACAUUGAGUAGUGCCCAGUGAUAUGUUUUCCCUCCGGAAAAAUGCUCUCCUCCCCGUUCUCUCAGAUAUUUCCCAUCAAUCCAGCUGACCGCACACAUGUUCCAAAUACUACAGCUGCAUCAAUAUUUUGCUUACCCAGAUUUUGGGAACUUCCAGUUUUUCGUAAUGUAAGAUGUGUGGCUUUCUUUUUCACCCAGGGUAAUGUUAACCGGUUUAGAAAGACCCAGUGUGUAGUAUAUGGACAAGAAUUAUGCUUAAUGCGUACUGAAGCUCCAUCUCUGAGUUCCAACAGACAUGAUCCAAAAAAUGCAUUGAUAUGUGGGUUGACCCCAAAACAGCCUUAGGCUAGGCUAGGCUGUUAACUAAAAAGAAAAAGACAGAACUGCAUUAAAAUUUCAUAUGAUAACUUAUAUGUAUAAAUGCAAGUUUAGAAAUAAUGACUACAAAUUAAAUGGAAAUGCAAUAGAUCUCACCAUAGUAGGAAACGCAAGAAGUGGUCAACCAGCUGCCUGUGGGAAACCAAGGAGCAGAACAUGAGCACAAGAGCACCCUCUCUUCCCAUGGUUUUCAACACGUGGUAUUCAGAAGCGGGAUGUGGGUGGCAUAGUGGUCUAAACCAUUGAGACUCUUGGGCUUGCCGAUCGGUGGUUCAAAUCCGAGCUCCCAUUGCUCUGUCCCAGCUACUGCCAACCUAGCAGUAUGAAAGCAUGCCAGUGCAAGUAGAUAAGUAGGUACCUCUGUGGCGGGAAUGUAAACAGUGUUUCUGUGCGCUCUGGUUUCUGUCACGGUGUCCUGUUGCACCAGAAGUGGUUUAGUCAUGCUGACCACAUGACCCAGAAAGCUGUCUGUGGACAAACACCGGCUCCCUCGACCUGAAAGCGAGAUGAGCCCCGCAACCCCAUAGUUGCCUUUGACUGGACUAAACCGUCCAGGCAUCCUUUACCUUUACUUAUUCAUAAGCACUGCUGCCUCCUGCCAUUGAUGGCCUUCCCCACGAAUUUGUCUAAUCCUUCUUGGAGAACUUUAACUUUAUACUGGACUUAAAUUGGUGGGAAGACUGUCCUCUGUAAAGCAGGACACACAGCCACCCUAGCUUAGGUAAACGAGCGAUAUGGGCCAUCUUGGUAUGCAAUUGUUGCAGGAUUACUUGCACCAAAAGUACAUGAAAAUGGAUGAAGAAUUGCACCUGAGGCAGUUGCUGCCUCAUGGGCCGGCCAGCCCUGAAAAUGGUGCCGUGUCCCGGUUGUUUAUUUGCGUGCAGACUUGCUCUUUGGCAAUGUCUAAACAAACUGAGGCUCUUAAUCUCAGGGUUGGGGGUUCGAGUCCCAUGUUGGGCAAAAGAUUCCUGCAUUGCAGAGGGCUGGACUAGAUGCCCCUCAUUGUCCCUUCCAACGCUACAAUUCUAUGAUUCAUGGGGACUGCCUUGAGCAGGUUGCCUGUCUGCACUUACAGAAAUAAUUCCACAGCAAUACCCCAAAAAUGCAGUACAAAACCCACACAGAGAUUGCGAUCAGAGACAGGAAAAUGACACUCCUUCUGAAACCUGCAGCCUGAUACAACUGCUUCUCAUUACCUCACGCUAAGGCGGACCCUACCAAAGGUUAAUGUAGUGUAAUGAAUAAAUAUAAACACCUAUGACUCAAGCAAAUGUGGAGUGAUAAAAGAGGGAGUGAUCACAGAACCAAUCUGUAAAUCUCCUAUAUUGUCCAAAUUCCUUCCCUCUGCAAACACAUGGAGGGGAAAUUCAUGACUUGAUUGGUGAUUUCCCUGUAUUACUGCUAUACGUAAUACUGAACGAAACUAAAAAAUUAGCCCGUUGAUUAAUUCUGUUCCCCUUCCAUUGUUUUUGCUCUUUUGGCAUGACUUGAUAUAAGGCUGUUAUUAUCCAAAAAGUUGGUUGAAGUUUAACCACUACUGUUUCCUGUCUGACUAUGGUUUUGUCAACAGUCUGGAUGUAUAGCGGGCAGCAAAAUACUCAGUGACUAAAUGGGGAAUAAUGGACAAAGUCCGGAAGUAAUAAAAACAAUCUUGAUGUAAUAUAAACAGACCAACAGGUUCAGCCUAUGAUAAGAAAUCUUAAUUCUCAAAACAAUAUCAUUGAACAGAAGUGACUAUUUUCACUGCAUUGGAAGUUUUGUAUGCAAAAAAGGGCCACACACACAAACAUUCAAAGUAUUAUGGGAAGAAGCAUUAAAUUUGCUUCAUCUUCUGACUUAUAGUCAAAACAACAUUUGUACAGGUUUUUUCAUUUAGCUUAUUUAUUAAUUUCACUUUUGCAUUCGUUUUCGUCGUUUAGUCGUUUAGUUGUGUCCAACUCUUCAUCACCCCAUGGACCAGAGCACGCCAGGCACUCCUGUCUUCCACUGCCUCCCACAGUUUGGUCAAACUCAUGCUGGUAGCUUUGAGAACACUGUCCAACCAUCUCGUCCUCUGUCGUCCCCUUCUCCUUGUGCCCUCCAUCUUUCCCAACAUCAGGGUCUUUUCCAGGGAAUCUUCUCUUUUCAUGAGGUGGCUAAAGUACUGGAGCCUCAGCUUCAGGAUCUGUCCUUCCAGUGAGCACGCAGGGCUGAUUUCCUUAAGAAUGGAUAGGUUUGAUCUUCUUGCAGAACAUGGGACUCUCAGAACAUGGGACUCUCAAGAGUCUCCUCCAGCACCAUAAUUCAAAAGCAUCAAUUCUUCGGCGAUCAGCCUUCUUUAUGAUCCAGCUCUCACUUAUAUACACCACUGUUCACUUUUGCAUUGCUCAUCCUCAAAAGGAGCACAGUUUUGUAAAAGAAAAUAGCCAACACAAGGGAACUCAAACAAAAUAACUUGAAGCACACACACAAGCACAUGAUAUCUUGGAAACUUUCCCAUAGCGCAGUCACAAAAUCAGCCCAUGCUGUUAUGUAUUAGCAGGCCUUAAAUUUGUAAUAGCUCAGGAAAGGGUCUCAGGAUCCAACCCAGUCACACUGACAUCUACCACCCUCUCUCCUGCCGCCUCCUGAAGGUGCUUAACCAAGGGGAGCCAAAAGUGCAAUUAAUAAAACAGCAAAACAAACAAAUAAAUUUGUAAAAAUGUUAUUCUGACUGUAAGGCUAAAGAUAAAGGUACGUGAAGAAGUCCUUUAUUUUAUCUGUCUUGAAUCUUCAACAUUCAGCUUCAUUGAAGGUCCAUGAGUUCUAAUGUUAUGAGAGUGAAAAGGAACCUUUUCUCUACCAUUUCUCUGCUUCUAUCCAGUGCUAGAAGGGAUGCAGGUGGCACUGUGGUCUAAACCACUGAGCCUCUUGGGCUUGCCAAUUGGAAGGUUGGCAGUUCAAAUCCCCGUGAUGGGGUGAGCUCCCGUUGCUCUGUCCCAGCUCCUGCCAACCUAGCAGUUCGCAAGCAUACCAGUGCAAGUAGAUAAAUAGGUACUGCUGUGGCGGGAAAGUAAACAGCAUUUCUGUGCACUCUGGUUUCCAUCAUGGUGUCCUGUUGCGCCAGAAGUGCUUUAGUCAUGCUGACCACAUGACCCGGAAAGCUGUCUGUGGACAAACACCAUUUCCCUCGGCCUGAAAGUGAGACGAGUGCCACAACCCCAUAGUUGCCUUUGACUGGGCUUAACCAUCCAGGGGUCCUUUACCUUUUACCUUUUAUCCAGUGCUAUUUUUCUAGAAAAAGAGGUGCCAGAACUCACCAUGAACACCUCCCUUGUUCUUUAUAAUGGCAAUGGCACCUGCCUGAGAGGUACCGGAACCGAGUUCCUGUGAAUUCUGAUUGAAAAAAGCCCUGCUUCUGUCAAGCCACUUUUCUCUAAACGUAAAUGUCCCAAACGCUGCAACUUUUCCUGCUAGUGGGGAGCUGCUCCAUCCCCUGGAUCACAUAGGUUGCCCUUUUCUGAAAGGUUUUCCAGCUCUACAAUAUACGUUUUGAGGCAAGGCCACCAGUGCUGACUGAGAGGCUAGGGGCAUUUGGAGUUUAUGAUCACACGAGAAAAUCCCCGCUCACAGAUGUGGAAGUCAGAAAUGUGGUGAAAAAUCCUUUAAGCCAAGCUGCUGGCUCCCAUAUUGCUUGCAAUGCAGUUGUCUAUUGAAAACAAAAGGGAAGAAGGAUGGUUUCAAAAGAGAGAGACAGGUCAAAUAAAGUUAUUGCAACAUAAUCAAAAAUGCCCCACUCAACUCUUCCCACAGCACCUGGGAAUAUGCUGAGACUGUGUUUAUGUGAAGUCAUGGUUUCUGCACCACCAGUAGGUCAACAGAUUCCUCAAACCAAGACUUCUUGGGAGGGACGUGGUGGUGGAGGAGGAGGAGAAGAGCAGGGAAAGAGUCUUGCAAGCAUGUUUAUUUUACAGUCACUCGGAAGUUGUAACCUGUCCCUGAGAGAUGAUGAAUCACCAGUGCAGCUCUAUAAAAGCCAAAGCACGUUAUAAGCUGAACCAUCAGAGCUCCCAAACCUUGGCAUUCGUCAUGAAGCAUCCAUGCGCUGCAGCGGCCUUCUUUCUCUUGUUGGGCAUAUCGUGGUGUUUUGCCCUGCCGAUAUCCAUAUCAGACGAAGACGACAGCGAUGAAUUCACAAGGGAGAAAUUCGAGUUAGCAGAGGUAUGGCGUAGGACCUAGAAUAGGCUCGGUUCUCUCUGCCUUCUCUCUCUUGUCUUCUCUUCUAUCAAAACUGAGAUUCUGAGCUCUUCAGAGCAGGGGCUUGUCCUUUUUCCUUAUGUGAGUCUGUAAAAUUAAUAAAUAGCAGUGAAUUAGAAGUCUAAUUGGUUCUCUCUCCCCCUCUUUCUUCCCAGCGCUAUCUAAAGAGGCAUUACAACCUCCAGUCCAACCCGGCUGGGAUACAGAGGAAGGCAGGUGAUACAGUCACAUCCAAACUUCGAGAAAUGCAGGCGUUUUUUGGACUGGAAGUAACGGGCAAGCUCAACGAAGAGACGUACGAACUAAUGCAACAGCCACGGUGCGGCGUUCCUGAUAUUGGGGAAUACAACUUUUUCCCUCGGAAGCUGAAGUGGUCUCACACUAAUAUAACAUACAGGUAAUGACCCUGGCUCUGGGUCCAGAUCCUUUUGCGCUGAUGCUUGACAGUAUCUUCAUGUGGCACAAGCACAACACCAGUGCCAUGGUAUUUUUUAGAGAUUUUGGUUUGGCGCACUCGUCACUGAGUGCUCUGCAGGAUCUCAGGAGGUUUGCUAAUUCUGAUCUCAUAUGUGAGACUUAUAGCAGGAAUGGGGAACCUGUGACCUUCAAGGUGCCGGUAGACUCUGGCUCCCAUCAGCCCCAGCCAGCCUGGCCCAUAGUCAGGGAUGAUGGGAAUUGUAGUCCAAUGCUACCUGCAGAGCCUCAGGUUUCCUAUUCCUGGAUUUUAGCCUACCAUCGGGCUACAGCUAAUCUCCUAAACAGGAUAUAAACUAAUGUGGAAGUAAGGCCUAUUGAAAUCAGCUGAGUCAGUACAUAAAGGAUUUAUUUUUGUAAUAUGUUUAAUAGUAUGACACUUUGCAACAUGGAAUCACAGAAACAGAGAGGGUCGUCUGUUCUACCCCCUGCAGUCUGGGAAUCCUGCCCACAGCCAACCCUGCGCGGACUUGAACCACCAACCUUCUGGUUAUAGCCAGAUGCACUACAUUUAUUUAUUUUUUUACAGCAGGGUUAGGCAUUUAGCAUGUAUUUUGUGUCAUGAAGUCAACCUGGUGUGCUGUUUUAGCAGACUAACAAGAUGUGGAAGAAGGUUAUGUGCAAUGUUUGGAAAUCUCAUGCCCUGUUUUACUGUCUCUAGGUCAUCAAAGCCUAUAAGCUUUGAGUUCAUUUAAUUUGCCCCACACAAUUUCCUUUCAAUUUCCUUUUCCAAACAGCGGGUGAGGAAUCAGAUAAGAGAAACACAGUACCUUUUGUGAAUGAGGUGCUCAGAUGUAUCUAAUAAAAGCAGGAACGGAAGUAAAGUUUAAAAUAUCUAGCUGAACCAGCAAUAUGUCUGGCUUUAUUUUUAUUUUUUAAUACCCUACCUUCUUAACAUAGAAUGAAAGUUACACAUCUAAAUGCUUGCGUUCUAAAGCAAGUCGAAAUAAACCUAUUUUGAAUUGGGCCCCUGUUUAAGUGGAAUCAAAAGGCUUGAGACACUUUCAUUGUGUCUCGGUCAUUGUCCUUUCUUAGUACUUCCAAAAAAGAAGGUGAAUUUAUUAUAACUCAGCGAUAAAAACCACACAUUCUCUAACAGGAAAGGGGCAUAUAUCUGUAUGCUUGCUAUAUUUGCUAAUUUGGCAGUGGAGAGAGAUGUGUAACAUUUGAAAUAUUGUGAUAGGGGAUGCUUUUCAAUAUGUUUUGAGUUUGCAGAGAACCAUCUGAAGGUAUUUGGAUUUUUUUUGUUGUGUUCCUUAUAGGAUUCUAAAUUACACCCCUGAUCUGAAAAAGUCUGAAGUCGACAGAGCAUUCAGGAAAGCGUUCAAGGUCUGGUCUGACGUGACGCCACUCAACUUUACUAGAAUUCGCAAUGGUACUGCUGAUAUCAUGAUUUCUUUUGGAAGGAAAGGUAACUAGAGUGAAAUUGCUGUCUUAAUGGCUGUGUUACUUGUUUGCUUGAUUUGCAAUUAAGCAUGCUGAUAAUGUUCAUUUCUGUUUCAAAUAUUUACAGAGCAUGGUGAUUUCUAUCCCUUUGAUGGACCUUCUGGGUUAUUAGCUCAUGCUUUCCCUCCUGGGCCAAAUUUUGGAGGAGAUGCUCAUUUUGAUGAAGACGAGCUGUGGUCAACAGAUUCCAAAGGUAACGUAUGCUUUGAAGAUAAUUUUUAUACCACUGUGUGGGUUGUGGGUUCUAAAUAGCAUCUGCUAUUUAUGUUUGACCAGUGAAUUACUUAGCAAGCAGAUUCUCCUGUCUUGUUUUGCUGCGUGAUUCAUAAUGAUUGAAAUUAACAAUUGCACAAAUAGUAAAUAAUGACUGAACAGGUUGUUUUGAAUAUUGCUUCUUUUGCCAUUCCUUACCCAUAUUGCCUGUGGCAUACCUUCUUAAGCAACACAGGCACUCCGAGGCUCCCAUAUUAACUUGGAAGUGUGCUUCACUGAAUUCAGUGGAACUUACUCCCAAGCAAAGGUACAUAGGAUUGCAGCCCAAGGCUAAAGGGGGCUAAAGCAGAGCUGGGAAACAUGUGACUCUCCAAAUAUUGCAGUUGAACUACAGCUCGCAUCAGCCUCAGGCAGUUUGGCCAAUGCCCAGUGAUUCUGGGAGUUGUAGUCCUAUAACAUCUGAAGGGAUGCAGAUUCCACAACCCUGGACUAAACGAGGGAUGUGCUACCUUGCUGUUCAUUUAAUAACAGAUGACAGAUACUAUUUCUGUUCUCACUGUAAUGCAAAGAAAAGAGUAGUGAAUGAUAUCAGGUGUAAUAUUUUAAUACGUUGCAAAAGGAGGUAUUAAACAAAAGAAUCAGGCUACAGCAGCCUAGUGAUAUAAGCUUUGUAGCUUUCAUAACAAGAUGCACAUGCUGUUUUCUAGGAUAUAAUUUGUUUCUUGUGGCUGCCCAUGAGUUUGGUCAUUCGCUGGGACUUGAGCAUUCCAGAGACCCAGGAGCUUUGAUGUUUCCAAUUUACACAUACACGGGAAAUAAAGGCUUAUUGCUUCCAGAUGAUGACGUACAAGGGAUCCAGAUUCUAUAUGGUAUGCCUGCAUUCCCCCUCCCCCCCCCCCGUUUUCUCCUUAUGUGUACAUAUAAUUCUGCAAUGGAAGUUAUGAGUAAUAAAUUUCCCUGUUGUUUCUGUUCGCCAGCCUGAUGCGGCGAGAUCUGUCACCGUAUGACUUUACAUUGCACAUAUAAAAUCACAAUUUUCUACACGCAUUCCAUAUAUUAGAUCCCAUGAAAUGCUGUGCACAAGUUCAGAUGUUAAAAUAAGGGAAGGACCAUUGCUCAGUGAUAGAGCUUCUGCUUUGCAUAUAGAAAGCCUCAGGUUCAAUCCUCAUUUCAUGCAGGGAGAGACUGAAACCUGGCAAGCUGCUGCCAAUCGGUGUGGAAAAUGCUAAGCUAUAUGAACCAAUGAUCAGCUCUGUGUUACUAAAUACAAUCAACAGGCUUAUAGUUUCCUGCAUAACGCUUGUACUUUUCUGGACAGGAGCAGGAGACCACGACCCCCAUCCUGAUCACCCCAAAACGCCUGAGAAAUGUGAUGCAAACUUGACACUGGAUGCUAUCACAGAGCUUCGAGGAGAAAUGGUGAUCUUCAAGGACAGGUGCGGCCCAACCGAAAUAUGUGCAUCCAUAAACUUUUUGUCUAGCGACAGAGCAGGCCUGUGCACACCCAGUCCGAUGCACUCUGCCAGCCACACACAUCCUCCAACAUUGCAAAGGUUGACUAGGGCCACCUUUGUAAAAACAACAAAAACAACCCAAUUCUCAUCUUAAGGGUCAUUUAUUUAUUCUAUUAUAUCCAUAACUGCAGACAGUUCUGUAGGCAUUGUACAAAUAAAAAGAGAAUAACAGCGCUGCAAGGCAACCACAGUGAGGUUAAGAGACAACAUACAAGCAUUAUUUUUUGUUGUUGUCUGGAUUUUGUUUUGUUUUCUCAUUUUGAUUUCUCUUCACUUUAAUCCCUACUGAAAAUUUUCAAUAAUAUAUAUAUAGAGAGAGAGAGAGAGAACGAGAACAUACAAAGCCACAUUCGAAAACCAGUAUAAUAUGUUGCAGUGAAUAGCAUACGACUGAGUAGCCAAGCCCCAACAUAAGUCCUGGGAAAAGAGGAAAGUCUGGUGAUGUUGGUGCAAGGCUAGGGAGAGCAUUAACACCCAAGUACUCCCAUUACCCAGUGCAGAAGCCAUGAUGACGGUGCUCUACCUCCACUGCCAGAGAGUGUGUGCCAGUUGCUGGGGAAAACAAGUGAGGAGAGCACUGUUGCACUUAAGUCCUGCUUGGAGGCAUCUCAGAGACAUCUGUGGUUGACCACUGUGAGAGCAAAAUGCUGAACUAGAUGGGUCAUUGGCCUGUUCUAGCAGGCUCUUCUUACAGGAUGAAUCUGGUUCUCCUGUGGUACUGAGAUUUCUUAGGAGGCCCUAUUCCCCUCACAGAGCUACAGUUUCCAGAAUGGUUUAACAAACAAUUCCUCUUCACAGGGAACAGUAGCUCCAUGAGAUGAGUAGGGUCUCCUAACAACCACCCUUAAUAGUGCCCAUGAUUCUUUGGGGGUAGCCACGACUGUUUAACAUUUUAUGAUACUACUUUAAAUGUAUAGUGCAGAGGGAGCCCUUAUUAGUGGACUGCAUUUGGCUUGGUGCCUCACAAAUUACUUUGCAAAAAGGAAUGUUGUGAAGACCUGCUCCAAAACACUGAAGAUGAGCCUGAUUAGUGAAUCUGUUAACACAAGCUCUUGGGAAUAGCUUCCAGGCAAGAAACAUGCUUUGUACCUUGAAUGAUUGACUUUAGAAUUAUUCGUCAACUAUUAUAUUUGUAUAUUAUUUGUGUUGUCUGAGAAAUGGCUCCAGCAAAUUAAUCUCUGGAGCACUUUAAGGACUAUUCAAUAUCUUUAACUUCAGUAAAAACGCUAGCCUACCAUGUUAGAACAUCCCUCUUCUUAUCAUAGGUUCUUCUGGCGCCUACAUCCUCAGAUGGUUGAGGCGGAUUUGGUACAAAUUAAGUCGUUUUGGCCAGAAAUCCCAAGCAAGAUUGACGCGGCUUAUGAGCAUCCUACCAACGACCAUGUGCUGCUUUUCAGGGGUAGGUCUUCUGCAGAAAUCUCUCUGCCUGAUCCUCAAGACUCUUCUCACACCACACACCCUUCCCCCCCCACCGGCCAUGCCCCUUACUGCCCCUGCUUUGCACCCUCUGUGAGAGGGGCGUGGGAGUCUGUGCAGAAACAAGUCUAUUUGUUGUUCUUUCCUCUGGCCCCACCCACCUCUGGCUUGGGCCUCUAGAAGUUUUCUCAGAAAGGAAUGCCACCAACAAGGCUGUAUAACUGUGUGGUUGUACCAAUCCUACUCAUCCUAACUUCAUUCCAGUUAAUUAAAUCCUCCUCAGUCUAUUUUUUACAGAAGGGGAACUGAGGGUGAGACAUCAACAUGCCUAAGGCUAUAUGACAAUCACAUGGUUGAAUCCUAAUACAUUAAUUCAUACUUAUCCACAGGGAAGAAAGUCUGGGCUUUGAAUGCCUACGACAUAGUAGAGGGCUACCCUAAAAAGAUUUAUGAACUGGGCUUUCCAAGAUCUGUGAAGGGAGUCGAUGCUGCUGUCCACAUCAAAGACACUGGCAAGACUCUCUUUUUUGCUGGAGAAAAAUACUGGAGGUAUGUUGAAAAUUCUUAUCUUCCCCAUAGUUUCUCUCUCAUUCUUUCCUACUAUUUCAAUGAUGUAAGAACGACGUUUUGCUUAUAGUACCAAACAACUUUCAAUGUACAAUGAACGUUUCAAUGUACUCAUGUGUUAGACCAGGUUCCCUCCAUAUGUUGCUGCACUCCAGCUCCCAUGAGCCCAAGCCAGCAUGGUUCAUAGUAAGGGAUGAUGGGAGUUGAAGUCCAAUAGUAAUUGGAGGCACCACAUUGACUAGCGCUGUGGUAGACCAAUGGGCAAACAGGGGAGGACCCACACUGAGGCAACUUUUUUCCACUUUCACAGCAUUUCCUUACCCAACGUUUCCAAGUUUUAUGUGAUUUUUCACAUUAGGUAAAAGCCACUUCUGAAAAACUAGCAGAGCCUAGUGGACAUUUAGCACACAUUUCCAGGUUAUUUGCUUCUGGGGGGAAAUUCGUUUGCAUCCCCGUUAACCCAGAAAACUGUAGUUUUUCAUUUUAAUUUCACAUGACAAAAUUGGGGCAGUAUUCCAGCAUACGGUCAUUUCCCAGUAUUUAAAAUUUAGCACGACAUGGAGGUAUAUUGAUCGCGAUCCAUAAUGUAACAAGUAGUGCUGUGUGAAAGCAAUGUCAGAACCCAGGAUUGAAGCCCUAGCAUUAUGGUCAAGAAAACUAACACAAUUAUCCCCACGUAGGAUUGCGCCAUUAAUAGUUGCAUCCUUGAUAUUGCACAUGCUAGCUAGCUUGAGCUUCUGGCAUCCGCACUACGUAACAUUUCUGAAUAGGGCAGAACAAUGUCCUUCAACCUUGGGUCCCCAGAUGUUGUUUGACCACAACUCCUAUCAUCCCCAGCCAACUUAGCACAGGUCAUGGAUGGUGGGAGUUGGUCCAGCAACAACUGGGAACCCAAGGAUGAAGACCCCUGGGGUUGGCCAUGUGUCUCCUACCUGUUCUGGAGUGCGAGGUAUUGUGGGGAAGAAUUCUCUUGCAAAGCAGCACCUGCUUCAAGGAACUUCCCUCCAUUUCAUGUUCAAUAUUGUAUAGAGAUAGAUGAUGCGCCCUCAGCCAUUUUCAGUAUGUUUUUGUUCUAGCAAGAAUUUACAGGUUUCUGCUAGAAAUGCUGACCCUUUUUGUAUCCUGUCUUUUUAGUUCUAUGGUAUCAUUUAUUGGUCUAGAUUUUAGACUUGUUAUGUUUGUGUUUUGUCGUCAGCUGCAUUGAAUUGGAACAGAAUUGCAAUGCAUAAUGCUAUACAUAAAUAAAACACUUGCUUAUUUACUUUAUUUCCCCCUCAAAUGAAGUUAUGACGAACAGAACCAAGUUAUGGAGAAAGGCUACCCUAGAUAUAUUGAGGAGGAUUUCCCUGGGAUCGGUCACCGAGUGGAUGCAGCUUAUGAGAAGAAUGGUAUGCAUUUUAUUUGUGUUGACACCUGGCAUUUUGGGGUGAAAAACCAGGGUCCCAGAUUGGCCCGUUCCAGAUGCCUGCUUUGGGAGACCCUUCAGGGGUUUUUCUGGCCCAGUGCUCCAAACCGUGCCAGACAGCUUUGUCUAGCCACCAUUUUAAUUUCUCUCAAUAUAGUGGUACCUUGGAAGUUGAAAGGAAUCCAUUCCAGAAGUCCAUUCAACUUCCAAAAUGUUCGAAAACCAAAGCACGGCUUCUGAUUGGCUGCAGCCAAUCAGAAACCGCAGAAGCCCCGUCGGACAUUCGGCUUCCAAAAAUAGUUCGCAAAUUGGAACAGUCACUUCUGGGUUUGCGAUGUUUGGGAGCCAAAAUGUUUGAGAACUAAGUUGUUCGAAAACCAAGGCAUGACUGUACUGACGCAGGGUUGCUCUGGGAGGUUGUGGAAAUUAAAGUAAUAGAUAGUCAAAGAAACACAGGAAGCUGCCUCAUGCAGAAUCAGGCCAUCGGUCUAUCCUGCUCAGUAUUGGUCAAGUUCACACUGUAUACCCAGGGCCGGAUUUAGGUUUGAUGAGGCCCUAAGCUACUGAAGGUAAUGGGGCACUUUAUAUGUCCAGCUGUCCUUUGUUAACAACCAAUUGUCACUGUUUUUGGUGUUGAAUAUAUGCUAUAUGGUAAUUUAUGGACCUACUAGGCACCCUAUAUAUAGAAAUGAGCAAACCAGUGAUAUUUUAGGGAGCAGGCUAGCAGGAGGGGCCCAUUACUUACAUCAUAGGAGCCUACACAGCACAAAACACUGUUGCUGUAUUUAGGUUUUAUUUUAUUUGUUUUUUAUCUUAUAUUUUGGAAAUCCAGGUGUUUUUUCCUUUAAUUCUUUGGGGGGCCCCCAAGAGAGUAGGGCCCUAAGCUAUAGCUUGUUUAACUUACACGUAAAUCCAAUGUUCCAUAUACCUCUAAAGUACUACAAUACCACUUUAAGGACAAAUGCUUUCCCCAAAAUUAUUCCAGGAGCUGAUCUUUGUUAAAGGUGCUGAGAGUUGUGAGCAGACCCCUGUUUCCCCUCACAGAGCUACAGUGGUGCCCCGCAAGACGAAUGCCUCGCAAGACGAAAAACUCGCUAGACGAAAGGGUUUUGCGUUGAGUCGUUCCUCAAGACGAAUUUCCCUAUGGGCUUGCUUCGCAAGACGAAACGUCUUGCGAGUUCUUGCGAGUUUGUUUCCUUUUUCUUAAAGCCGCUAAGCCGUUAAUAGCCGCUAAGCCGCUAAGCCGCUAAUAGCCUCUAAGCCGUUAAUAGCCGCUAAGCCGCUAAGCCGCUAAUAGCCGUGCUUCGCAAGACGAAAAAACCGCAAGACGAAGAGACUCGUGGAACGGAUUAAUUUCGUCUUGCGAGGCACCACUGUACAGUUCUCAGAGUUCCCAGUGAAGAGAGAUUUAAUGCUAAACCUCUCUCAGAACUGUAAUCCUGUGAGGGGAACAGGGUUCUCCCAACAACUCUCAGCACCCUUAACAAACUACAGCUCCCAGAAUCAUUUGGGUGGCGGCAGGGGAGCCAUUACACUUGGCACCCGGUUUGGGGUCUCUGAAGUUUCAUCACAAAGUGUUAUUGUGGACACUUAGAUUGCAAACAGGCAAGAGUGGGCAUAGAGCUGAAUAAAACGUACAUAUGUUAAUUUAUAUGUAUAUAUUAAAAUUUAGAAAUAGUUAUGAUGACGAUAUCUUGCUACAGUGGGAAACACUGUCCGCAGGUGCCUUGUGAGCCUGCUCAGUCUGCAAGCCAGGUGUGCCCAGGUCUUCCUCUCCUCAUCCCACAUUUUACUGCCUAAUAAUAAUAAUAAUUUAUUAUUUAUACCCCACCCAUCUGGCUGGGUUUCCCUAGCCACUCUGGGCGGCUUCCAACAGAAUAUUAAAAUACAAUAGUCUAUUAAACAUUAAAUGCUUCCCUAAACAGGGCUGCCUUCAGAUGUAUUCUAAAAGUCUGGUAGUUGUUUUUCUCUUUGACAUCUGGUGGGAGGGCGUUCCACAGGGCGGGUGCCACUACCGAGAAGGCCCUCUAUUUGUGCAUCUAUUUGUGAGGCAUGCAUUGUACUAAUUGGAGUUGAGUGAUUUAAUCUUGGACAUAACAGUGGGUCUUCGUUUGUGGCUCCUGGAGUGCAGGGGAGCAUUAAAUAAACUUCCUAUAGAUGUUUGAUAGUAAAGGGAAACCCUCCAAGCCCUUGCUUUCCAAUGUGGGGCACAUGCCCCACAGGGGGGCAAUUAGAUUUGGGGGGGGGGGAUUAAAAAAUGAGUUAUUAACAGUGAAUGGCCUUUUAGGCUUCCUCCAUGUGAAUAGGAGUUCACUUUCUGAAUAAUAAGAACUAUAUGUCACUGCGGGUGGGCAUCAGGAUUUUAGACAUGCUUAGGUGGGGCAUGGCCAAAAAAAGUGUUGAUGGGCAACAUCAAAGUACCUGCCUCUCUCUGUCCUAAGGGUUCCUUAUCAUUAAAACCAACUUGAACACAAUAGCCCUUCAAACAGAGGAUAUCUUCAAAGAGAAUUUUGUCUUCCAAACAGAACUGCUCCCUGUAAAGUGGGACAGGUGAUCACCUUACAGUUGUACAUGCCUGCCUCACAAUGUAAUCCUCAACUUGUCUGCUCAUAAGUAACAACAACAACAACAACAACAAUAACAACAACAACAAUAAUAAUAUUUUAUUUAUAUCCUGCCCUCCCCAGCCGAAGCCAGGCUCAGAGCGGCUAACAACAAUAAAAGUAACACAGCAUUCUAAAAUCAGUUCAUUUUAAAAUCAAUUCAAAAUCAAAUUCAUUGGGCUAGAGUUCUGUGAGGAUUACCAAAGGAGGGGGUCAGACUAUGCCUUGGCCAAAGGCCUGGUAGAACAGCUCUGUCCUGCAGGCCCUGCGGAAAGAUGUCAAGUCCCACAGGGCCCUAGUCUCUUGUGACAGAGUGUUCCACCAGAUUGGGGCCACAGCCGAAAAAGCCCUGGCUCUGGUUGAGGCCAGCCUAACCUCCCUGUGGCCUGGGACCUCCAAGGUGUUUUUGUUUGAAGACCGUAAGGUUCUCCGUGGGACAUAUCAGGACAAUCCAAAUCCAAAUAAAUCAUAUUUGAUUCAGUGGGGCUUGUUGGCAUCCAUCUAGAGAGACAAUGGAGUUUGCUUCCUAGGGUGAAGUCAAUCCGAGGCUCGGAGUGCAGCCUUAAUCAACAAAUUGCUUUGUGAGCAUGGGGUGGGGAAUGCUUUUUGAUUUACUGUUUUUAAAAAGAAGUAACAUAAACCAAAAGAAAUAGCAGCAACAUGAAGCAGGAAUCUUAUCUGAAUGGUUUCCUUCCUCUGCAGGUUACAUAUAUUUUUUCAAUGGACCGCUGCAGUUCGAAUUCAACAUCUGGAGUGAAAGAAUUAUGCGGGUCUUGACCACCACCUCCAUUUUCUGGUGCUGAUUGCUCUGGAUCAGGUUCUGAACUGUGGGAAAAAUGCCUUCCAUGAAAAAUUAUAUUGCAGAUGUUUGGUUUUAUAUGUGUAUGUGAGAGAGAGAGUGAGUAAGGUAAGGUAAGGUAAAGGUAAAGGACCCCUGGACUGUUAAGUCCAGUCAAAGGAGACUAUGGGGUGUAGCACUCAUAUUGCUUUUCAGGCUGAGGUGAGUGGGCUCAGCUACAUUGGUCAAAAACCAGUGAUUUGAAUGCAUUAUAAACAAGCAGCACCAGAUGGCGCCAGAGAGCAGAAAUUUUUUUCUACGCGAUUUUCCAUAGGUUUUUUUCCCCUUUUGUUAUAACAAUCUAAUUUCUAACUUAUUUAUAGCAGGUUUUUUCCCUGUGUGUAGUUCCACCUAGUGAGUGUGAGAGUCUUUGAGUGUGUGUGUUUUAACCAGUCAGCUUGAUUCUGUGAACAAGCUCUUUGCCAUUCUUCCUUUGACUUUGUUUUGUGUAUAUGAGGCUGUAUAGCACUACGUCCAUCAGUCUGGAACUGAAAUAAAAAAUGUUUUUAAA